AGGACGUCGGCACUCCAGGACCGAUGUUGCCUAUCUCUGAUCUAAAACAAAAAGAAGUCCGCCUCUGCUGAUUACUAUGGAUUUACUCUCUCUGGAAGAUCUUACAUGUCCCGUUUGCUGUGAAGUCUUUAGUUUACCUGUUCUUCUGUCAUGUGGUCACAAUGUCUGUAAAGAAUGUCUUCAACAGUUCUGGAAAACCAGAACUACUCAGGAUUGUCCCGUCUGCAAGAGAAGAUCUUCAAGGAAUGAUCCACCUUGUAAUCUUGUGUUAAAAAAUGUAUGUGAGUUUUUUACAGAGAAGAGGAGCCAAAUAUCUUCAUCAGGGUCUGAGGAGGUCUGCAGUCUGCACAACGAGCCCCUCCAACUAUUCUGUCUGGAGGAUAAACAGCUUGUUUGUUUGGUGUGCAGAGAUUCAGAAAAACAUGCCAAUCACCAAUUCCGCCCCAUCAAAGAAAUAGUUCCAUCAUACAAGGAUCAGCUCAGUAGGGCACUUACGUCUUUACAAGAGAAGUUUGAACACACAGAAAGAGUUAAAGGAGAGUGUGAUAAAGCAGUUCAGCACAUCAAGUCUCAGGCUGAGAACACAGAAUGGCAGAUUAAAGAAGAGUUUAAGAAGCUUCAUCAGUUUCUACAGGAUGAAGAAGAAGCUUCAAUCACUGCACUGAGGAAAGAGGAAGAGCAGAAGAGUCAGAUGAUGAAGGAGAAGCUUGAGGAGAUAUAUACUUUUUAA